AUGGCCCAGCAGCUCCAAGCCGGCAGCUCAUCGCAAGCAUACCCGAGUUCUUGGGACCUUGUCGGUAUCCAGCUCACUGUGGGGGAAAUUGCCUCAGCUGAGGCAGUAAGGAAACACUCUGGUUCCAUAUUCAGCUUCAGUCAGAGUGCGCGACUCUUUGACGCCGUUGAAAAUGCUCUCAAAAUACGUAUUCUCAACCUUCCCCCGUGGCUCAAAGCCAUUGAUCUUGCUCGAACCGUCGCUAUAUAUGGCGCCGAAAUGAGGAGGAUAAAGAUCCCUCAGAUAAUGCAGGACCUUGACAUGCAGAGAUUAUCUGGCCUCGCCACGUUUUUAGUCCUCUGCUGUCGUUAUACGGAGAGUGAAGACGCCAUGAUUGCGAUGCUCAAGACUCUAUUGGAAGGCCAACUCGGUUCCAUCGUCAAGAGGGAUGGGGACCAGCAAAAAGCUCUACCUUAUUCGUUCCAUGGACACCUGGGCAGUUUCGUUAGAUCCUGUGUCGAUGCUGACAAGGACUCUAACGUGUCAAGGCGCGCUCAAGAAUGGAUGGCCUCUCUACAUGAAUUUGGAGCGUGCAGCCAUGACAAGUCUACGUUCUUCUCUCGAAAUCAACAGGAGAGUGUAGACCUUGUUUCAGAGCUCUUUGGUGCCGUGGGGAGAGAGGAAGACUUGGCUGAGGCCGCAGAGAAACUGAGCUCCAGACAACAACAAGAUAAAGACGCCGACGGAUGGGGCAAGACUCAUGAUACUCUACACCUGACUGCAACGUACAUAGCCCUCACAGCCGCGGCGCACGGCGCUCGGGUUUAUGUUCAGGUGGUCUCAGACCAAGGCUUAAAGACGCUUCCCACUGAGCCAAUAGGCGAAGAGCAUCGAAAGUCAAGCUUCCUAGUCCGCCUCUGGUUGAAACAGCCUCCGGAACAUGUCAGGGGUAUUCUGCGUCACGGAAACCGUUCGGCGUCAUCGGGCGAUAAGGAUGGUGACCCCCCAGAUGACAAUAUCAUCGUCAGUGGUGGAACCUUGGAAAUCGCUACAUGGAUUGCGAACAAGAUAGGAUUCAGCUGCACCCUUCAUGGCAAGACUACAUCGGAAAGUCUACUGAAGCUAUGGCAGGCUGGCAAAGAGUAUGGGAAGACACUGCAGUGGUUGAUCAGGAGAAAAGAAACUGCUGCAGGCCUUGCCAGGAUUCAGAUGGUUUUGAAAACUAUGGACUCCACCGUCCUAAUCCCCCCCGUGACGAGGCCUCUCUCGGCUUACCUAGCUCAGAUGGACAGGAAGUUUAAACCGAUAGCCAGGGCCGUGUCUAAUAUCGCUCACGACCUUUACGGCUACUCUGACUAUUCAAAAUGCCUAGAUGUUGAUGAUAACGGUGGCAAGCCCGAAAUAGGAUUGGCAAUGGAAUUCACCAUUUACGCUAUUGCGAUACAGGUGCUACGCAACACCGUGAGCCCAGCCGGAGACAGCGCCGACAUCUACGCUCUGAACCUUUCUACCCUUAGGAGGGACGAGAGCGAGACCAGAAACCUCAUUAAUUUUGUACGACAAGCGUUAAAUGAAGGCACAGACCACUGGGUAAUUCUUACGACCGCAGCUACUGUAUGGGGCGGGAUGAAAUAUCCAAAGCGGACUCGCAACGAUAUGGUCACAAACAAGCCUUCAUCUCAGAUCAUUGGAGUCAUUGCACCACAGUGUACUGUCAUCUUUGACUUUCUCCGGGACCCCUGGUCCUUUGCUGCCUCCGGCAGCAUACGGACGCUCAUUUCCAUAUGGAGGGGUCCCGUUCCCAUGCUUCCACGUGACCCUAUCACGAGCUUCAUAUAUAGCGGUCACAACGCUCGUUGGGAGCUUCGAGAAGUUAAGCCUAACCACACAUCGGUGUCUGGACCGUGGGACACAGAAGACAAGAACCCUAUUCUAGUAACAUUCGAACCGUUCGACCAGGAAGCAACGAGCGGCGUCUUUUGCUUCUGGCAUCGAGGCCAGCUACUGAAUGAGUCUUCGCCGCACUCUCUGCUUGUAGCUAUUUUGACAACCUCACAAGAGAUGGAUGUUAGCCCCGAAAAGCAACAUGACAUCGUUGCUGGUCAUGCACGCCGUAUACGAAUUAUUGAAUUAGGCAAAGCAGACUUGCUAAACCUGAGAGGUUUCAACAUCGAGAGCUACAUUGGUGUUGUGAUAAAGCCAAUGCAUGACAUUUCGUGGUUGUUGUAUGCUCUUGCCUGUGCUGCAGCUCCUUCAGAUAGCAUAAAUAGGCUGCGGAUAUCUGCAUAUCGCGGGCAACCCGAAGAGUUCGACAUUGAAGCCCAUCAUUCCACAAUGGAAGCAGGGCAAAUUAUUAUAGUGAUACCUCAGUAUCAAUAG